CUAGUCCAAUUAUAUGCCCGUUAACCCACACCUGCAACCCAAAUCCAACAACCCAUCAUCACCUAUCUCUUGUUGCACACAGAGAGAGAGAGAGAGAGAGAGAGAAGAGAAUGAAAUGCCCGCCUCCAAAGCCAAGAACCUCAGCUCACUGUUCCGUUCCGCCAUUAAAACCGCCUCCAAGAUCUUUCCCUCCCUCGACGCACCUCUCAAACACUUCGUCUCCUCACUCGACACCUCCUCCUCUUCUUCUUCUUCUUCUUCUUCUUCUUCCACCACUUCCAAUCUCAAACGCUCUAUCAAAUUUCCCAAAUCGCCUUCUCGUUCCAAGAACUCUCCUCCUUCUAAAUCAGCCACUCUUUUGGCUGUCGAGAGCUUGAAGUUCGACUCAGCGCCUCAUCUUGAUGAAUCAACUCAGGAACUGUCAAAGGAGAUAUCUUCCAUAUUGCUUGAUGGUUCAUCAUUGGAUACGGCUAUUUCCCUUGAUUCCCGAGACGGCAAUGAUGAUAAACCUGAAAAAAGUCUUUUAGAAAUACCAUGGUUCUCAAGCAUGUCACACAAUAACAUCUCACUUCGUCGGAAAGAAGUAUCACGUGAUAGGAAGCAAAAGUGGAUUUUUAAGAGUGGCCAAACUCAUCGUUUUGACCGGCUAGUUAGAAUGUGUGCACAAAAGCUGGGGGCAGAUGCAACUAUUAAGGUAUUUGGUAGAUUGGGACGAGAGACUGGUGUGAAAGAAUAUAAUGCGUUAAUAGGACUUUGCAUAGAGGAGGCCAGAAAAACUGAAGAUGAAGAAGUUUCGUUACAACAGAUUUCCAAGGCAUAUAAACUUUUCAAGUCAAUGAAGCAACUUGGUUUUCAGCUAGAGGAUGAAACUUAUGGUCCAUUUCUGAUGUUUCUAAUUGACAUGGAGAUGGUACAAGAAUUUGUAUAUUUCUGUGAAGCUAUCUAUCAGGAGAAUCCAAAUUCACUAUCAAGAUUAGCUUACUAUGAGAUGAUGCUUUGGAUUAGAGUUAAUAAUGAAGAUAAAAUAACAGAGCUCUGUGAUUAUAUUUUAACUAACGAUGAUGGUGACAAACCCAACUUUAAAGAAAGUUAUUUGCUGGCCCUGUGUGAAAGUGACCGGAAGAAGGAGCUUUUGCUACUACUACAGAUCAUUGACAUAACCGAAAUUUCUCUGGGUCAUCUACCAAAUAUUUUCAGAUCCUUGGGGAGGCUUUUAUUGGAGUCUUUUGUGAAGAAAUUUAUUUUGGAAUUAAAAAGCUGUGGUGCAGAUAUUGGGGCAGAAAAUACCUCAAACUUCAUCUAUAAUUAUGCAAUUAGCAUGCCAAAUUUAGCGGUUGAAGAUGUUUUUUUAAAUUUCAAAAACUUGCAUCGGGAAUUGGAGGUGACACCUUCUUCCGCAUCAUAUGAGAAGCUCAUUAGACAUUGUUGUGAUUCACUGAAGGUUCACAUGGCUCUUGAUAUAGUUGAUCAGAUGUUUGAAGCAGGUUUAACCUUAUCAAUAGAAACAUUUCAUUCCAUAUUACAUGCAUGCGAGGAGAGUUGUGACUACAACUUGGUUCAUCGAAUCUAUUCAGUGAUUCGUCAUAAUAACUUGAAGGCGAAUAAUGAGACAUUCAGGAGUAUGAUAAAUUUGAGCGUAAAAAUGAAAGAUUUUGAGGGUGCAUAUAGCAUGAUCAAAGAUCUGGAGAAAAUGAAUUUGAUGCCUACAGCUAGCAUGUACAAUGCCUUAAUGGCAGGAUAUUUUCGGGAGAAAAACAUUCGUGGUGGUUUGAUGGUUCUCAAACACAUGGAACAUGCAGAUGUCAAACCUGAUACUCAGACUUUCAGCUAUCUUAUAGGGAACUCUGAUUGUGAAGAGGAUAUUGUUAAGUAUUAUGAAGAACUGAAGCAUUCUGGAGUUCAAAUUACGAAACAUAUUUUCAUGGCACUUAUAAAUGCAUAUGCUGCUUGUGGACAGUUUGAGAAGGCAAAACAGAUAGUCUUGGACAAAGGAGUACCCAUCAAGAGCUUAAAUGAAAUUAGAAGUGUGCUCGUCUCAGCUCUUGCAUCACAUGGGCAAGUCUCUGAUGCGCUUAACAUAUAUGAAGAAAUCAAAUAUGCUGAAUGCAACGUGGAGCCCAAAGCCAUUAUAUCUCUUAUUGAGUACCUUCAAUCUGAAGGAGAGUUGAGUAGAUUGCUUCAGCUACUUGAGGAAUUAAAUGAUCAAAAUUAUUGGGUUGAUGGAUGCUGCAGGGUCAUUUCAUAUUGUGUUAAACACAAGUAUUUAAGUUCUGCUGUUGAUUUGCUGAAGCAACUCAGGGAUAAGUUUUAUGAUGAUGAAGUCGCCGUAGAAGGUCUUUUUGACGAGGUAUUUUCAAAAAUUGCUGAGAUGGAGCCUGCAGAUUUGCAAUUUGGCUUGGAUAUGCUUCAAGCCAUCAAGGAAGAGAUUGAUGUUCGCCCUUCACGAAAAAGUCUUGAUUUUCUCCUCAGUGCUUGUGUUAGUGCAAAAGAUGCGGCGAGUUCUCUUUUAAUUUAUAAAGAAUAUCAGACAGCUGGCCUUCCUUACAACAGUUUAACUUUCUUAAGGAUGUAUCAAGCCCUCUUGGCUUCAGGGAAUCGUCAAUCUGCAAGAAAAAUGCUAAACAACAUACCAAAAGACGAUCCACAUAUUCGCAUUGUCAUCAAAGCAUGUCAAGAAACUUACAGAAAGCCGGCCUCUUCUAAGGGGAAGAGGAAGAAGAAGAAAAAGGAAAACAGUGAAGAAAUGGAAUGAGUGCGAAUAAAAAAUGAGAAAAAGGAAAAGAAAAGAUAAAAUGGAGAUGAGAUGGAAGUGUAAUUGGCGUUGUGGUGUUGCUAAAGCCUUGUAUGAGAAUAGAUUCAUCUAUAUAUAUAGAGUAAUUUUUUUAGGAUGUUUGAGGACUUCUUAAGUAUUUGUUCAAUAAUUUAUUUUUUUUGCUGUUAA